ACAGAAGUGGUGUUAAAUUUGUAUUUUUUUUUCAGAUUUUGAAAUUGGAAGUAGCAUUAAGGAGGAUCCAACACAGGUAAUAUAUAAGGACACAGAACCACAUAGAGCAUUAAUAGAAAAAUCCAAAAGAGUUGUUUCCCAGAAUACUGAUUCCAGCAGAUAUCACAAAAGGGAAUGCAUCUCAGGAAGACAGUGGGAAAACCUUCAAAGCAUUAGACAGGGGAAGCUGAUGGCCCAGCCUAGAGAUCUAGGAAACGCUGUGAUGCAUCAGAAGCCCUUCAUGGGGAGGAAACCCUACAGACUUCUCAAAUAUGGAGAGAGCUUUGGAAGGAGUGCUCGUCUUAUGUGCCGGAUGACCCAUCAGAAGGAGAACCCUUAUAAGUGUAGUGUCUGCGGGAAGUGCUUUGGUAGAAGCAGGAGCCUAAUCAGACACCAAAGAAUCCACACAGGGGAAAAGCCUUUCAAAUGUCUUGACUGUGGGAAAAGCUUUAAUGAUUCCUCCAAUUUUGGAGCCCACCAGAGAAUCCACACAGGAGAGAAGCCCUACAGAUGUGGGGAGUGUGGAAAAUGCUUCAGUCAAAGCUCUAGUCUUAUUAUCCAUCAGAGAACCCAUACUGGCGAGAAGCCGUAUCAGUGUGGAGAGUGCGGGAAAAGCUUUACCAACAGUUCUCAUUUCAGUGCUCACCGCAGAGUCCACACUGGAGAGAAUCCCUACAAAUGUAUGGACUGUGAGAAAAGUUUCAAUAACUGCACAAGAUUUCGAGAACACCGGAGGAUCCACACUGGAGAGAAGCCCUAUGGAUGUGCCCAUUGUGGGAAACGUUUCAGUAAGAGUUCUGUUCUCACCAAACACAGGGAAAUUCAUGUUAGAGAAAAACUUCUGCCACACCCUCUCUCUAUGUAUCCCCCAGAGAACCCACUGAAGGGGAAAGCCGAUGACUUCAGGAAAACAUUUUGAUGAUGAGCCCCUUUAGCCAUCUUAGCCCAACCUCACUCACAGAAGCAGUCUUUUCUUAAUCCAAAAGUUAUUCUGUUCUCACCUCUGCCUCUAACUUGGUCCCCUUCCUCCCCCACAUCUCUCUCUCUCUCUCUCUCUCUCUGUCUCUCUCUCGUUUCUCUCCAUCUCUAUUAGAGUGGGGAAGAUGCAUUGUCUGAGUUCAGAAUGAACUUCUUUUCAGUAUGUUGAGGUCACUGCUAUUGGAUUCCUAAAUUCAGGAACAUUUGAGAUCCUUUUGUGUGGGUGAGAAGUGUUUUCAAGGAGAUAAAUACCAAAAGGAUUUUUUUGUUUUUGUUGUUCUGGGUGCAGCUUGAUAACAGAUUUUCACAUUUGGGUAGAACUUUCAGGAAUCUGAUCACAGCAUAUCAGAUUGACCUCAGAUUUUGAAGAUACUCACAAAAGUAGAGUGAAAUUUUAUAGCCUCCUUAAGAAACCUGAUACAAUGUCCUUUUUUGUCAAGAAGUUGAUCCAAAUAGGGUAGAUUCUCUGUUGUCACUGAAGUCAUGUUACUAAUGCCUCACCCUUAUCAUCACCUUCUGUACUUAAAGACUUGCAGCCCUGUGGCCACUGCUUCUCCAGCCCCCAAAUAAUCCCAGAGUGUUCCUCUUGCUGUGUCUCAUAAAGCCUACAUUUACCUCUUAAUUUCGUGUGCUCUCAUCUGGCUCUUCUGAACUACCAUACUAUCUGCAUAUCAAAUAGGAUGCGUGAUUAUGGUGUGUCUCAUUAAAAUAAAGUAGGAUUUCAGACACAUUCUACCCUCUAACUUCUCUGGCUCUAAAUUUAAAAUAUUAGUGGCACAUUGGCGUAUUUUAUACCUCCCAGCCCACAUUUCAGUAUAAUACUAUAUAAUAGGAUUUCUGAAAUUGUAAGGGAAUAAGGGAAAAGUGAGAUACAGACCUGAAAGGUUUAGUGGACUCAGGCCUGAUUUAUAUCAGAGUCACCUCAGUCCAAACCAACACUUUUCAGGGCAAGCUGUUGGAUAUACCAGUCUAUCUGAGGCUUCAUUUCCUUUUUUCAUAGGGUCAUAAACCUAACUGUACAGCCCUGAUUAAUUAUACAACUCUACAGCUCACUAAGUGAAAGUGGAAAUAUUUAUAGAAACUUCCCAUCCAGAAUACCAUUUUUGUUUGUUCCCCAUAUAUGUUUGUCUGCAAAUCUCUUUGAUAACCUCCCAGCACCAUCACAGUAAAUAUGAGUAGAAUGGUUUAGAUGGCGGGGGGAUAGUUAAUUCAUGUAUGUUACAGGUGAAACCCAGGGAUGUGAUCUUUCAAAGCCAGGCUUCAAGAUGAAGCGAGUGGCAUUUAUACCCUCAAUACACAGCUAACCUAGGGUGGCUUUGCUUUGGGGAGGGAAAAGUCACAAGUUUAGAGGAAAAGUAAUCAGAGUCAGGACUAUAUGUAGAUUAUUCUUCUGUUUGUAACUGUCCCUUCCUUUGUCAAAUGCUGUCUUAUUUGAAGACACCUAGGGAUAGUAUUUUCCUUCAAGUAUGUCUGAAUCUUUUGAAAGCUGUUGAGCAGUAUACCAAGGAAGGUAGGCACUAUUGAAAGAAAUCCAGUUUAUGGUGCCAGAAUAAGGUGUGGCCUGUUGGAAGGCAGGUGACUCAGGUAAACAUUGAUGAAUGUUUCUGAUUUACAUUUAUUGGAAAUGUUCUGAUUGUUCACAUCAACAUACUUGAUUUCCUCUGUGUUGUCUGAACUAUAGACUUCUAAUGGUACGUGCAGUUUCAUGUUGGUGAUUGUGCCUAGCACAGUAAGAUGUGUUUGAUGCCAGUGGGCUUGUGCUUAUAUUGUGUAGAUGUUCUGGAAUUCCAAUUCUAGAGAAGAUACACACUAAUAUAAAUCACCACUUAGUAAUAUGUACACAGGAUUGAUAAUUACAUGGAAGCAUGAUUCAGGAAAGUAGAUGAUAUAUUCGUAAAUAUUUAAUAAGCACUGUUACAUGUAAGAUCAUCUAGCUGUAGUGGGGUAUAUGAAAAAUUUUUAAAGGAGCAUGAUGCCUAUAUCUAAGGACAUUACAGCGUGAUCAAGGACAUGUUGAGGCAAAAAGUAAUGCCCAUUACAUUCAUGUUGGUUGCACAAAGUCAAUCAAAAAGAAAUCACCUUGAGCCAGGGAUUUAGCUCAGUGGUUCCACUGCUUGUCUCACAAGCAUAA